UCAAAAAAAAAAAAAAAAAAAAAGAAAGAAAAAAAUGCAUCCUCUAAGCAGCCCCCGUCCAGUCUUCCCCUGACCAUCCCUCAGAGAGCCAUGUACAGUUCUCAGAGCCCUGCGGUGGCUCUGCUACCUUCACGAUCACUCCCCCAAAGAGCUGGCCCCAGCAGGCCUCCCAGAGUUGGGUCCCUUCUCAGCUCUUCAGCCUCAUUGCCCCCAUUCCCCCUCUUUACCCCCACUUCUGCCAAACCAAACCCUUGAGCGCUUCCUCAGUCUGCACGUUGCUCCAUGCCCCAACCUUCAUAUUGCUGGCCUUCUUCCAGAACAUGCUCUCCCCAUCAUCAUGACUCUCCGUUAAGAGUGCUCCCUGCCACCCCUUCCUGCCCUGCUGGGUCCCUUGUGCCUCCAUCUCAUUAUUGUGUGAAUGGCUAAUGUUCCCUCCUUGACGGGGUCAUCUCUGAGGGUAGGGAUGUGACCCUAGUGCAUAGAUGCUCAGGGAUGUUUAGGGAAGAAAAUCAUCAAGAGACCCAGAUUUGAACCGCAUCUGUAUCACCUCCCAAACCACGUGCCCUUGGCCUCCCUGGGCUUUGAUGCCCUCAUCAGUCCUGCGUGCGCUGCCAGGCUACUGUGAGCCUCUAAUGAGCCUGUGUUGACAGAUGAAUGCAUUCUUGGGAGGACUAAUCAACACACACAACUAAGGCCAAGAGAACCAGGGUUUCUACCCCAGGGACCCCCUCAGCCCCACCCUCUAGCAGCCCUGGAGCUGGGUCCCUCUGCCGUCCCAGGAUGCAGUCAGAGGCUUGAGCUUCUGGAAACUCUUGGAUCUUGUCCCUGCUCCUUCCAGUCCUGCCUCGGCUCCAGGCGUCUAUCUCUCCAGCUAUUUUAUUUUCUGAUCUGGAGUUCAAAAGAACAGAUCUAGGAGUGACAGCCAUGGGGAACAACAGCCAGUAGGCUCAUUCAUGUUGGCCCAGAUGAGAGCCUGCAGGCUGCCCACCUCUCCCCGCUGGGUCUGGGCACCCAGAAAGGAGGGCGUUUGGGUUCUGGUUCUACGGGCAUCAAAGGCCAAUGUGACUGAGAACAGCAGCUCUAGUUAGAGGCAAGGCCAGUUUGGGGCCAAGAGGGGGGGGAGGGGGGAGCCUGGUCUAAUUAGAGCCCUAACAUGCUCGUUUGAAAGCAUUUUCAGAUGUCCCCAGCCCUGCAGGCAGGGGUGGUGUAAUAAUAAUAAAACAACAUUUGCAUAGAGAUUUCAUUUAUAAAGCACUUUCUCAGGGGUGGGGUGGCACUGGGUGGCCCUGUGGAAUCCUGGCUGGGAGGCCGCCCUGGCCUUGGGUCGGUUCCGCCCUCCAGCCAAGCUGGCGAUUGUGUGCGAGGUAAACAAAGCGCCAUUCAUCCAACUGUUUCCGAUUCCUCUGCUCUUCAUUCCUUUUCCCCGUCUCCCGUGAAGAGCUCACUCUGGGCUUGUCACUCAGGCCAGAAAACGGGGUCAGGGGUCCCAGAGGGAGACCCCUUCCCUGAUGGGAAGAAGCAGGGAGGUGGGACGGCUCCCUCCCUCUGCAUAUCCCCACCACCCCCAGCUCUGGCAGAAUAACAGCCUGGCUGCGGUUGGUUUGUGCAACGCUUUGCUAACCUGUGGCGGUGUCUUCAUGGACAAAGUAUGAGCCCAGGUUUGGUAAUGUCUGCGUGCAUGCCACGUUUGUGUUUGGUAACAUGCAGAGAUAAGCAGUUUGUGGGGCUCUGCGAAUCCCUCCCUACCCGAGUGGGCCUUGUGUACACAGUGUGGGGGCGAGGGGCCCUGGGGUGUCUGCCCCUGCACUGGGUUGGCGGGGUAAGGCAGCUGGGCCCCACUCUUAUACAGCCCAGGCUGGAGAGUCGCCUGCAGUCACCUGGCCUCUGGCACCCUGGGGUGAGGCAUUGGGAGCUGGCCCCUUAAGGGCCUCUGAUGAGCUAUAUCGGGCCCACCUGCCUGGGUUCCGGCAGCUUCCGCAGCCCCAGCCGGAGAUGGAAGAUGCAAGAGGUCAUUGCGGGGCUGGAGCGGUUCACCUUUGCCUUCGAGGAGGAUGUCGAGAUGCAGAAGGGCACUGGGCUCCUGCCUUUCCCGGGCAUGGACAAGUCGGCCUCAGCUGUGUGCAACUUCUUCGCUAAAGGGCUCUGUGAGAAAGGGAAACUCUGCCCCUUCCGACAUGACCGAGGGGAGAAGAUGGUGGUGUGUAAGCACUGGCUCCGGGGGCUGUGCAAGAAGGGUGACCACUGCAAGUUCCUGCACCAGUACGACAUCACCAGGAUGCCCGAGUGCUACUUCUACUCCAAGUUUGGUGACUGCAGCAACAAGGAGUGUCCCUUCCUCCAUGUGAAGCCAGCUUUCAAGUCCCAGGACUGUCCUUGGUAUGACCAAGGUUUCUGCAAGGACGGUCCUCUGUGUAAAUACCGCCAUGUCCCCAGAAUAAUGUGUCUCAACUAUUUAGUUGGCUUCUGCCCCGAGGGACCCAAGUGCCGAUUUUCUCAUCCCAAGAUGAAUCUUUUAUUCAACCCGAGUUACACGAAGGUGACUGAAUGUCGGACACCUGUUUAAGUAUCACAGAGGCCAGACAGCGCCAACACUGGGGCAGCUACUGACAGCUACUGGGGACUCCGAGCACUGGACGCCGGGUGGGUGAUGGCCUGGGAGGAAGGCAGUCCCUGCUGGUUCUGAGUGGACAUUGAAAGAAGGUGGGAGGCAAUCUGUGGGACUGCGGGGAAUUUACAAGCCCAUUUACAAUGAAAGCCUAAUUUUCAUUGAAAGGUAUGCUUUUGGCACUUAAAACUGUAACUGAAGGCAUCUUGAACCUUGGUUUCACCCUAAACGCACGGCCAGCACCCCGGCCCUCUGUGAAGUUGUAGUAUCUGCACAGAGGGACUAUCUGCAGUAUGCGUUUCCUCACGACUUCACUUUAUCUGCAGCUUGUCAACCGGCCCCGGGAUUCAGCACCUCCUAUUUCUGCUGUGGAAGCUUGGAAGCUUUCCCCCAUCCCCAACAGACUGCCUGCUCUCCUGCCUGGGGAUCAGGGAUCAAGGGCAGGACCUGUGCCACAGGGUGGGCAAAGGAACCCAAAGGGCUGGGCUAGUGCUGGGCUGAGAGCUGGGAGGGCAAGGAAUGAUCAGGGAGCUGGAGAAUGACUCCUUUUCUGCACCAGAUGGGAGAGUGAAUUAGGAGAGAAUGAGAGGAUACUGUAAACCAUUCUGUUGGCAUCUCCUGUUGGACAAGACUGUUCCUUCAAAAGGACAGUCAUUUCCCGCUUUGUUGCCUACUACUCUUCAGUUACUUGUACAUAACAUCCUUGAGAUUCUUUUUCGGCAGGAGGGCAGAGUAUGGUUAAGGGAGGGAAUGUAGCACCUGGUUCUUUUUUCUGCUAUCUUCUGGUUUAUCGGGAAGAAAAAAAAAUCAUGUUUGAUCGUACCUUCAUUCUGAUAGCUUCUAAACUGUCCUGAGCUUUGCAGUCUCCAUUCUGCAAGAGAAUAGUUUUAUCGGGAUGACAGGUAAGAGAGGCAGAACCCUUGACUUUCUUGUACAGUUGCUUUUAUGUGCCUUGCAAUAUCUAGAGCCUUGUUCUCUGUGAUUGUAAUGCUGGGCUUGAAUGCCUGAAAUAAGCUUCACUAACAAGCAGAAUCCAUCCAAUUCCUCACAAAGGUGGCUAACCAUCUCCUAUGGUUCCCUAGACAUCUUUAGAAAUCUGAAUUUACAAAAAGUCAUGCCAUUCACUUUUUCUGUUUUUGUGUCAAAGACCAGGCCAUUAUGCCAGUAAGUACAGUAAGACUCAACUGGUAGGAGUUAUUAAAAACUAACCCAUGGUCAGGAGAAGAUGCUUAAUGGGAUUCUGUUUUCCAAGUUCCACAGUGAGCCUGCUGUCAUCCUAAGCAGGGUAUGAGUGAGGUGCAAAAGUAGCCUGUGGUAUGUAGGUUUCUCUCUUUUGAUCCUGUAAGUGAACGAGCUACUAAAAAUACAACAGGAUUGGAGGCAGAUUGGCAGGAAUGAGUUAUCCAUAAAAUGGGAGCAAAAUGUACAUAAAAACCAAAAGUUCGAGUCUAUGGGAAAUCUACGAUCAUUAUACUUUGCUCAGCUCCUACCAACAGUUCUGGGUUGCACGUGGCAAUUCCUCUGCAUAUGGCCUCAGCUGCUGCUACUAACUGGCAAUUAACUCAAAUGGUUUUCUUUAGCAUGACAGCUGCUUCCCUGUAUGGCUUAUUUAAAUCUAAGAAUAUAUUCUGUGCCUUAUGUGUGGAGUAUUAUGGAGUAGAUGGUACAAAAUAGGCUUAUCCUGGGGAGGUAAGGUAGUGACAUGUAACAUUCAACAGUAUUGCUAUCUUUUAAUGCCAUAAUGAAAGGCCAAUACCAAGGCAACUUAAUCCACUGGGACAGGAGAGGUAGCAGCUGUGCUGAGCCUUUUGGAGAAAUGGAGAAGUGCAAUGUGAUGUGUCAGGAAGAACUAGACCCCCACCUUGGUAAAGAGACAGGUGCCUGGCCUGCCUGGAGCUGGAGUCCCCAGUUAGGGCAGUCUAAAAGAAUGGAGCCCAGAAGUCAGGUUUUGGGGGGUUGAAUGCCAGUUCAAACCAAUGGGGCUGCUAUGUGAUGAACAGCACAGAGUUACGUAGGCAAAUCACUCUGCCUCAAGCCCGUUUUCUUUUUGGAAAAUGAGCAGGAUAGCACCUUUGUCACAGGACUGUUUGAAUCUAAAAGGAGAAAACACAUGCAAAAAGCCUUGCAUGGCACUCGGCACAAAGCAAGCCCCAGAUGCUGGCUGGAUCUGUGUGUGGAUUGUAGUAGGGCCUCUCUUCCUCCGUUCAAGGUUGGAACUUGUAUGUAGUAUGAUGGCACAUACUACAGGCUUUAGAACAGCUGCUGUCAAUGAGUUCCUACCAUCACAGAUGUUGCUGGAGUUAACACACAUAAGACUUCUAAUCUCACUAAAUGUCUACAAAGUAGGAAUUAUCCCCAAAUUACAGUACAAAGGAGGCUCCAGUAAACUGGAUAACUUACUCAGGGACACACCCACCCAUUUCACAGGUGAGGCUCUAGAAGAGGCAGAUGAUCAGCUCAGGGGAGUAUUUUUUAUAUUUCACAAAUAUUUUUAUUAUGAAGAGUGGUGGUAGUAGUAUGUAGAUGCCCCAUAAAGCAUAAAAGAGUCUGCUGAUAAUAAAAUGAUUUUAUUUUUAACAGCUAAAAUAAAUUUUAAUGUGCAUUAGAAAAACUACACGUUCCCAAGUAAACUCAGUCUUUCAGAUAUUAUUAUUCAGGAUUAAACGAGGCCGCCCUGAGGUUAGUCCACUUAUACAGACCACGUGUGAGUUACAACCGGGGUGUUCAAGCAUGCCCCUGAGUAUUUCCAACUUUUAGUAACAGUAUCUUCUAAUACGUCCUCUCAAGCAUGGAGAGUAGCCUGGGUGUCACCAUGCCUCUUCUGCAGGAUGGAUGGGAAGGUGAAUAUGGAUUAUGUGUAUGGAUUCUCAUGCUCCAUUUGUAUGCACCUUGCAGGAAGAUUUGGGAAUUCAAGCUGCUGCCUGGAAGCAAGAUCUAAGCAUUGCUUCUUACCUAGUGGGGCUUUCACCAAUGCCACAGACUGGGCAGAACACGACUUUUACCCCCUCUCCUUCUGGAGCAUGAUUUUAUUUUAUUUACUUUUUUUGGAGACAGAGUCUGGCUCUGUUGCCCAGGUUGGAGUGCAGUGGCAUGCU